AUUUCCCUCUCACAUCGCCUUAGUAGUGUCAUUAGUAGUGUCUUGCUGAUCAAUGCAACUGCCAUCUAACUAACCCUACGGCAAGAUGUCAUCAGACGGAAAUCCAGCCAGCGGCGGCAAUGGCGUCUCCGGGCAAUCCCCGCAAGACUCGAUGCGCACGCCGGCGCAAACCCCGCAGGGAUCCAUGCGAACGCCGGAGCAGACCCCGCUAACUCCGCGGGAUUCUGGGCGAUCGAGCUCGCCUCAGCUGCACCUGACGCCUCGCGCGAGCGCCGGCAGUCCGUACAGCUCGCAGCAACCCACCUUCCGAUCCACUCCGUCCUUCCCCAGAAGCGACCUGGGCGGCUCCAUGGCUCAGCGUCGCAGGUUCCACCGCCGCAGGCAGGGUGCAUCGGGGCAGGCCGCAUCCGGGGGAGGUGUGCCUUCAGGCACGCCUGUCAGCACGCCAGGGCCGCCUGAGCCGUCAGAUAGCAUGGGAGGGAACUCGGAGCAGGACAGGAUGUCGUGGGAGCAGUACCAGCAGCAGCAGCAGCAUCGGCAGCCGCAGAGGGGUAGAGGAGGAGCAGCAGCUGCAACAGCAGCAGGGGCAGCAGGGGCAGGGGGAGCAGGGAGAGCAGGGGCAGGGGGAGAUGCGCUUGGGGGAGAGGCGGAGGCGAUGGGGGAGGAGGGGGAGGAGGAGCUGGAGGGAACGUACGUGUGGGGCACGGGGGUGAGCGUGCAGGACGUGUCGAGCAAGUUCGCGUCGUUCGUGCAGCACUUUAGAGAGGCAGACGAUGCUAUCCACGCCAAGUACUCGCAGCAGCUGGACGAGCUAGUAGAGAUGGAAGGAGAUACAUUCCCUGUGGACUGUGCUGACGUGUACGCGUUCUCUGCUGAGCUGUACCGCAUGCUUGUGCGCUACCCAUUGGAGGUCAUCCCGAUCUUCGACAUCAAGAUUGCUGAGCUGGCGGCCGACCGCAUGCCCAUGUGGGACAAACACAUCCAGGUGCGCACGUUCAACCUGCGUGACACGGUGCACAUGCGCGAUCUCAACCCCUCAGACAUCGAUGCUCUGGUGGCCGUGCGGGGCAUGGUGAUCCGCACGUCGUCCAUCAUCCCAGACAUCAAGGCGGCCUGCUUCAAGUGUCUGGUGUGCGGCCACUCGCCCGACCUCGUGCUUGUAGACAGGGGAGUGAUAGAGGAACCCAGGAGGUGUCCCUGGCCAGAGUGCGGGGCGCUGAACAGCAUGACCCUGGUGCACAACCGGAGCCGGUUCAUCAACAAGCAGAUGCUGCGCCUGCAGGAGACACCUGAAGACAUGCCUGAAGGGGAGACCCCGCACACGGUGUCUGUGUUCCUGUUUGACUCGCUGGUGGAUACUGCCAAGCCGGGAGAUAGAGUGGAGGUCACGGGUGUCUUCCGCGCUGUGCCUGUGCGAGUCAACUCCAAUCAGCGCAACCUGCGCUCGCUGUACCGGACCUACCUGGACUGCAUUCACAUCCGCAAGGAAGAGGGGGGCCGCACGCGCACCAAGGGAGCAGCGCAGCAGUCGCAGCCGCAACCGCUGGCGGCCUCUGCUGCGGGUGAUGCGGAUGACGCCAACCCCGAUGCUGCGUACUUCUCUCCGCAGCAGGUGGAGGCAUUUAGGGAGUUAUCCCGGCAGCCGGACAUAUACGAGAAGCUGGCUCGCUCCCUAGCGCCAUCCAUCUAUGAGCUGGAUGACAUCAAGAAGGGGCUGCUGUGCCAGCUGUUCGGCGGGUCGGUGAAACGCCUCUCUUCAGGGGUCCAAUUCCGAGGCGACAUGAACGUGCUGUUGGUGGGGGAUCCGGGCACGAGCAAGUCGCAGCUGCUGCAGUACGUGCACAAGAUAGCCCCGCGGGGGAUCUACACUAGUGGCAGGGGGAGCAGUGCUGUGGGGCUGACGGCAUACGUCACGAAAGACCCGGAGACCAGGGAAAUGGUGCUGGAGAGCGGGGCACUGGUGCUGAGCGACAGAGGCAUCUGCUGCAUCGACGAGUUUGACAAGAUGUCCGACAACGCACGGAGCAUGUUGCAUGAGGUCAUGGAGCAGCAGACCGUGUCGGUGGCCAAGGCUGGCAUCAUCGCGACGCUCAACGCACGCACGUCCGUGCUCGCAUGCGCCAACCCCGCUGGCUCACGCUACAACCCGCGCCUCUCCGUCAUUGACAACAUACAGUUGCCGCCCACUCUACUCUCCAGGUUCGACCUCAUCUACCUGGUUCUCGACAAAGCGGAGGAGCAAUCCGACCGUCGGUUGGCCCGCCAUCUUGUGGCUCUGCACUACAAGAACCCCGAGGCUUCUGCAGCAGCAACCAUCGAUGUUGCAACCCUCACCUCGUACAUCACCUAUGCGCGCACGCGCAUUCACCCAGAACUGAGCGACGAGGCGGCGGAGGAGCUGGUGAACGCGUAUGUGGAGCUGCGAGGGAGAGGAUCGGGGCGAAAGGUCAUCACUGCAACGCCACGUCAGCUGGAGAGUCUCAUCCGCAUCAGCGAGGCACUCGCACGCUUGAAGCUGGCGUCCACGGUGACCCACGAAGACGUGACCGAAGCUCGAAGGUUAUUAGACGUGGCAAUGCAGCAGUCGGCCACGGACCCCAACACGGGCACCAUUGACAUGGACCUCAUCACCACGGGGGUGUCGGCCAGCGAGCGAGCCAAGCGCAUGCAGCUGCAGGAGGCUCUGCUCUCUUUCCUGCAGGAUAGAGCCACUGCCUCCCGCUCCUCCUUCCGAGCGCCUCAGGUGUGGGAGGACCUACGGCAGCAGUCGUCCGUGCCUGUCACACUCUUUGAGGUUCGGGAAGCUCUAGGGCGGCUGCAUGGUGAAGGCAAGGUGGUGUUCAUUGACGAUACAGUUAGAGUGUCAUGACAUUGUGGUUGAUUUCAUAAAGAUUAUUGACAUCCCAUAGGCUUUCAUGAUGCUGGCGUGAGACCAUCUAUACCAUUGAUUACAAACAAAAGCCCCCUGCCUUCUGUCUGGACUGGAGCAGUAUGCAUGUAUCAAGUUGGUAAUUGAAUUUACCAUUUUAGGGCGAAGUCCUAUGAACAAGGAUCAGAAUCAAGUUGGAUCAGAAUCAUGCAGUACUGUGCGGAAUUCGCCCUACAAAGAUUAGAUAAGAGGGUGAUCAUCCCAUGUUAGAUCUGUUGACCACCCUUGAUACGUGGUUUAUUUGAUUCAAUCCCCAGUCUAAAAUAGCACAGGGGACAUUCAAGUGAGCCCUUGUUGAAUAUUUUGUGUGCACCACUUUUGAUUCACUUCUGAUUUUUAGGGGCCCCCGAACGCAGAUAGACGCGAACAAACACAUAUGUGCGACUGCAAUGCAACUGACCUGACGACCGCCGCCCUACGACCCGGUGGGCGAUGUCGCAACUAUUGCAGCUCAGUUCACGAUUCUGCAGACGAGUGCGUAUUUGGCACGCACGCAACGAAACUAUAGUGCCCUGGCUGGGGACUGAUUUUGUUAUGAGCGUUUAACCAGAGUAGCACAGAAUCGAAUGUCGAGAUUCAGAAUAAUCGAAUGUGGUACAAUGGAAUGACGAAGCUGUCAACAUAUUUAUAUAUUGUUAUAGGCUAGAUAGGUGCAUGCUUCUAGAGAGUACAUCACCGUAGCACAAAACCUGCCUGUAUGCCUCAUUCUAGUCAUUGCGCUAUUAUGAGAUGGUAUCUCGCUACGUUAGGUCCACCCUCCCCGCUUACGCUACUGCCCAUAGCCCCUAGCAAUAGCUCUAGCCCGUGUCCUAGCUGUGCCCUAGCCCGAGCCGCGCCAGCACCGUCUGCGCCGCGCCCGCGCCGCCCGAGCCUGAGCCUGCGCCGUCCGCGCACGCGCCGGCCUCGCCAGACCGCACCGGCCCCGCCACUUCGCAUCGGCCCCUGCCACUUCGCGCCGGCCCCGUCACUUCGCGCCGACCUCGCCACUUCGGGCCAGCCCCUGACGCCGAGCUGCCGAGCCCCCGAGCCGCGCCGCCGAGCCGCCGUGCCGCCAAGCUGCCACGCCGCCGAGCUGUCGAGCCGUUGAGUCACCGAGCCACCGAGCUGCCGAGUAGCUGCGCCGCUGAGUAGCCGAGCCGCCAAGCCGCCGCGCCGCCGUGUCGCUGUGCCGCCCUGACCCACCGACCCUGGUUCCCUCCUCUGCGCCGGCGCUCCCGCAGGCCGUCUUCACCGCCGCUCUCCACCGCUCCCCACCGCUCUCUCCUCCUCCUCCUCUCGCGGCGGUCCGCUGCUGCAGCCGUGGUGAUGGCUGACGCUGUGCUCCGCCUGGACGCGGAGGGUCGGGCGAUCGACUUUGAGGCGUGGCUCGCCAACCUCCACCGCUCGCUGAGGGGACAGCGCUAGGAUGGCCAUUCUCUGGUCGUCCACGUCGAUGUGCAUGUAGAUGUUAACAUAGAGCCUAGACAGGUCGCCGCGGCAGCGUGGCGAGAUGAUGUCGCAGCGGCCGCGCGGCGAGGCUGCCGCGGCAGCACAUGGAGGCUGCCAUGGCGGCGCGAAAGUGAAAGGAUAGGAGAGAGUACACGGCGGAAGCGUGAAUAGGAGGCUCAGCAGGAUCUUCCUACUCUGAUACCAUAUUGAAAGGAGCUAAGAAGCUAGCUAGGCAUGAGACUGGCGAGAGGUUUUAGCUAGGGAGAAAAGUGAGGAGAGAAAAGAUGGUUGGGCUAAGGUUGUCAAAGCCCUCACGUUGGAUGCGCGAUGCUUCGCUCUAAGGUGAGUAGAAAUCACUGCGUACACACGACAAACAGAAUCAGGGAUUGCAUAGGGCACCACGGCAUGGGGCAUCAGACAGAGUACGGAAUACUGAGGUAUGCUGAACAGAAACUUUUAAGACCAAGCGCUCGAGUGGUACUUCUAAUAAAGAAGUCUGAAACAGAAUAACAGGGCGACGUGCUUGUGAAAGAACGGAAACAAGAGACAGCAGAGGGAACAACUUUGGGAUACAGAUUGGGGUUGGAGGCUUUAGUUGUGAAUUUAUCGGUGAGCUCGCGCAGUACUCACAGCUUCGUGCCAGAGCUUUGGGCCGUAAACAGUGCGCCUGAAAGAGAACUUUGUUUCGUCGACUUUCAAGCCUCUCAUGGAAAAGGUUAAGGCCAAUAUAACCGAACCCUGACUUCAUUAAGUGCACGCGCCAGUUUAUUGCAUGCCAACCGUCCACGCCCUGACAUGUACUCUGUAGGCACGAACUACGACAGAUGGUUGGCUGGCGCUCGAGAGUGGUUGCGAUGCUCUCAUUUGUCAAGGUAGCCAACCUGAGUCACUUUCAUAACCCGUUUAACAAGCUCCGUCAAAGCCAUCAACUUUUUUCGAACCAAUUCUAUAUAUCCCUUAUUUUAGUAGUGUACCCUCGGAACCAUUCAAACGAGAGUUCCGGACCUCGCGUCGAGACUUGCUAUUGGUGCUGAAGAAAGCUGUGGCACGGCCCGAAGCAUUACUUCAAAACAACAAUCGCGAAGCAGUUUUUGAUUGGUUGUUCCGUUUUGUCGCGAAACGACGUGGACUUUUUGGGAGCAGUAACAGUUUCGCCCCACCACAAAGUAGCCAGCGGGACGCGAACGGGGCAGCGGGGUGAACGGUGCCAGCGGGUCCUACG